CAGCAGCGCCCACGAGCCGAGCCGAGCACGUCGCCGCCGCCACCGACACUCGCAUCCCGCUCUCCGGCACGCUCGCACGUGCCGCGCCGUCCCAAUUGAUAUCGCGCGCGAAGUGUCGUGCUCGUCUCUUAGCUGGCCCGCGCGCCAGAUGCCGCCGGCGGCCGCCGUCGAUGAUGCCAUCCGCCGCCGUCCGCGCCGUCGUCGGACAGCACUCGUGAUUGUGCUGUGGUGACCAUCAGGUGAGCGACAUGCCGUUCGCCCGGCGGACCACAUGAGUUAGAGGCGGCAGCAUCGCUGGCGACUUUCAAAAUUGCUUUUCGGCACCCACCGACGCGAAUCGCACGUGUGCGCGCGUAAAAUUGCAGUUUCGACUUACCGCUUCCCGCCAGGAGUGUUACUUAAACCACAUCAUUGAGUUGAGUUCAGAGUUCAAAGUGAACAUUCUAAAAAGUGUGCGCCUAAAUUGUGCAACCAAAAGGAAAUUUUUCUAAGCCAGCUAUUCGACGUCUGUUCUAAAUAUUCUGGAAAAUCAAAAGACGCGUUAUAAUGCCAAAUCCUUCAUGUAGACAAUCAUAAGAUAUAGUGCGAUCCGAGUGUCCCUCGAAACGAGAAGAGAUUUUAUCGAAAAAGUCCAUAGUCAGCAGCCGCGCCAACAUGUCGCAGUCGCAUUACUCACUGCGAUGGAACAACCACCAGUCGCACAUCCUGUCGGCGUUUGAUGCUUUACUACAGGCUGAAACGCUGGUGGAUGUGACGCUGGUAUGCGCCGAGAGUUCGGUGCGUGCGCACAAAGUGGUGUUGUCUGCUUGCUCGCCGUUUUUCCAACGCAUCUUCGCCGAGAACCCGUGCAAACACCCAGUGAUCGUGCUGAAAGACUUCAGCGGCUGGGAGGUGCAAGCGAUAGUUGAUUUCAUGUACAAGGGCGAGAUCUCCGUAGUCCAGGAACAGUUACAAAGUUUGAUCAAGGCUGCUGAGAGUCUUCAGGUGCGUGGUCUGGUUAACCAAGAAGACGUCACCAAUGUACCGGCAUCACCGUCCCCGCGUGAGGUUGAUGAAGAACGUAGCGCGAGUGGUUCUCCAACGGAUUUUGGCGCGACACCAGCACACGAAGUUGCAGCUGCCGGGUGGAUGUUGGGCGCGCUCCAUGAACGUGCUGAAUCACCUCUGCCACGUCGUAAACAAGCACGACCUCGCCGUCGUUCUGAAUUGAUGGCUCCGCAAGACCUUACCACUUGCGCGAAGACCACCACAUCUCCCGAGCGAUCUACACACUCCUCACAUGCCGCACCUCCACAGACCCACGUUGAGAACUUAUCGCUGAAGCGACCCAAACUGGACACGUCAACAAAGGAAGCGUUACAUGGUUUUGCCAGCAAGGAUAAAGAUAAAGAGAACCACCGGUUACUUGCGGAAGAGAAGAAGAACAAAAUGACGUUCCAGGGGCAGUUUAUUCAGCAGAGUCUGUUGCCGCUCCAACAACACCACCAACAACAAGAAGAAGAACGCGCUAAGUUGGUGUUGACCCCGAUCCUAGUGGCAGUCCCGAGCUGGAUCUCUAUGCACCAUCAUAAGGAGUUCCCGCCAUCCCCACUGCUGCCGCCCAGUAUGCUAAAUAUGAAGCAUGAGAUGGACGGUCAUUCCCCGCUACCCUUUCCUCCCAUGCCCUCCGUGUCGGCGCUGACCAUGACCCCACCACAUAGUAAAUUUUUCGGCCUUGACUCGCUGUUAUUCCCACCUGGUUUAGAUGGAUGCCGGAAUCCUUUAUUGGAACUUGCCGACCCGCGGACCACUCCUGACACGCAUAUGUUCACCAAGAAAAGAGUAAUGGGUAGGCCCAAAGGACAACAUUCCGCACCUCGAGGUGGUCCACCACGUUCCUGGACGAACGCAGAACUAACCGAGGCGCUGCAACAUGUCUGGAAUAAAAAGAUGACCACAUCACAGGCGUCACAUUUUGGUAUUCCCUACAAUUCCUUACUAAUGUACGUGCGGGGCAAGUACGGCAAGUCGUUGAAGCUGGAGCAACUGCGUAAAGAUUGCAUCGGUGGGCCUGGUGGUAUGGACCUGAUGAAUCUCUCCGCCUCUGCUGGUGGUACCGGCGCCAACAACAACAACAAUGUCAAGAAUGACCCGGAAGAACGGCGGCCGUCCUCCGCGGAACACGCACCUCCAGGUGGUCAACAUCCAAUGUUCAAUCCGUUCGCCCCCAAUUUCUACCCGGACUUUGCGGCUGCUGCAGGUGGGUUCCCUAUACCGGUGAGCAUGAUACACCUCCUACCGCAAAGCGAGAAGAACCGUGAUCAUUAUAUGAGUGGUGACUGCAACCGAAACGAGCGUAGUCUAAAGGAAGAACCGCAGGACAUGUUUCUACCACCAGGACUAUCACGCGAAGACCGUCGUGAGCUGGUGCAACAAAAUGGGCAGGAUUGAGGGCGGUCCCCGCUAGGUUAUUAUCUUAAACUGUAAAUUCCCGCCUCUAAAAUCAAGUGAUGUGCUAGAUGUGGGAAAGUGAAAAUUCGUCCAAAAUCAUUGAUUCGCAGUGGGCGCGAACUUUGGGGAGUGUGCAAAAUCGAAUCCAAAAAGCAGCUGACGAGGAAGACAUAAAAUUCGAAACAUUAGGGGCAAUAUUAGUAUUUAUAGUUUUGUUAAACUUUAAACAGUGCUUCCUCCUUAAAUUAACUUGAAUAUUUGACGAAUGCUGUUUCUUUCUCUUUGAUUUGAUAAAGCAUAAUGAAAAUCUCACCAAAAGACUGACUCGAGCACUCGAGCGAACUCAUGCCAAUCGUCUGCGAUGAGACGGCGAGUGCGAAUCUGACGAAAACAAAUCAUUUUUUUGCAACAAACGAAUACAGCAAAGUAAAUGAAUAAACAAAACAAAGCAGAGCAUAACAUAACAAAACAAAAAAACACUACUACAAUAGUUCCUGGUUACAUUUUACUACAUAAACAAUUGACUACUAUUAUUAUAUCAAACUAUAUCUUACUGUACAACUGCUAGAUACUCCUAUACUUUAUUGUUACUUAGCGAACGGGCGAAGGGCAGCAGAAACCUGACGACUAUUUAAUGUUUGCGCGCAGACGAGCGCCGCUCCCGGAGCUGGUGUCAUGCGCUCGUCCCCACACGAAAGUAACACGGAUGCAUUCUAUUUUUAGCGUGACAGAGAUGUUUUUUAUACGUAUUUUGAAAGCGAAUCACAAUAGCCACAAUUAAACAAUAAACCAAACUGCGAUAUUACAAACUACUUCAAACAGAUUUACGUAUUACAAAACUACAAUAGGCCGGCGGUUUCUAUAUAUUUUUCUACGGAUCUUUUUCCAAGCAAGCAAGCAGGUCAAUAAGCGGUUUUUUUUUACUCAUUUACAAAACGCAUACCAGUAUAUAAACAAAAAAAAAACCCAACGAAUAAGUGAAACGCAAUUGAGUUGCACGUUUAAAAUCAACACACAGAAUAAAACGAAAAUAGACUGAACUGCAACCGAGCACUUUUUUGCCGUUGAUUUGGCGAGGUUUGGUUGUUUGGCUGAACACACCCGGCAUGCGAAAACUGGCGAGAGAAUAUGAUACAUACUACAAAUCUAAACGAUAAUUGUAUAGUAAGUGUUUGUAUACAAAUAAAACUUUAGUCUAAAAAAACUCGAGGCGUAAAUCACACAUACACACUCACACGUAAAAAUUAAUGCAAAAAUAAUCAUUGAAUAGAAAUUGUUGUAUACGGAAAUAUUUAAACGAUAUUACAAAGGUCGACGCAAACAAAUCACAAAACAAACAAUGCGAGUAGAGAUAUGGAACUAUUUGAACAAACGAGUAUCGUACAAAGUACUUCUUCAUAGCCGCCAUUUUGAAAGUUCAGUUAUCCACGCGUUAUAUAUUUGCAGUUCUGCAGGGCGCAACUUUCAUUCGAUUGUUAACACCGUUCAGCGUUUUUGGUUUUCGGGUAAUUUGGUGUUUGGUUCCGAUUCGGAGUUUAUUCAGCAGAAAUAACAAUACAAUACAAGCAGGGUAUAAAUUAAUAGAAACUUUAUUGAUUAUUGAAUAGAAAUAUAAUCUUCCAGAGAGGUGAAAAACAAAUGAAUCACACAACAUGCUAACCUUAUUUGAAGUAAGUUAAAAGGGGAACGAAACGAGGCAGACAGAAGAAUAAAUGAGAUAUAGUAAUAUAUAAAAAUUUAAAAGAAUAUUAAAGAAUUAAAAUGGAGAUUAAUAAACAAAAUGAUAAAGAUUAGAAUUGUAUAGAAUUUACGUAGACUUAUUAAUUAAAUACACAGAAGAACAAACAAAAAACGCAAAAAAAACAAAGUAUAGAUAAGGAUAGUAAGUAAUAUAAACAAUCAUGUGAUAAUAGUUACUGUGCACAGUUAAUAAUUAGUUAAUUAUGAUUAAUAUGAUUAUACACUUACGAAUAAGUGCUCUCUGAGUUUGAGUGGCAAAAGACGUGCGACAAGCGGAGGAUUGUAUAUUUUGGCGGGAAAUUUAUUGAUGCGUGAAUGAAAUUGAACGACUGGGAAGCGGGAGGGGGGUCAGGAAGUUUUGCUUACUUACCGCGUUGCACGUUGACCAUUUCUUUAUUUUCCACACAUAUUAACACACACUUAUACUACACACUAUUUUGUACACAUAGCAAAGUCGGCUUUGAGUUCCUUUAAGUUAAAAAACGUUUUUCGUUUCCAGUGGCGCGCGGCGCUUGUAAAUAAGAAUUAGUUCAUCGAGAUGAUUAAUUAAUAUAGUGGUGCUGGUUAAUUAACGCAGUUGACGUGCAAACGGACAUUCCUAAACGAAGUAUUAUUAGUUAUUAGUAGGUGGAUUCGAUUCAGGCGAAGGGCGAUUUUUUGUUCGUUUCACGUUCGGUUAUUUCAACUCGUAGUUUAAGUUUGAUUGUUUUAUUGAAUAUUAUUUUGACCAUAGAUGAUUUUAAAGUUCCUCUUAUUUGUAUAAUUUAUGUAAAUGCAGAUUUUUAAUCACAAAUUAUUUAAAUUAUAUUAAACGCACUUUUGAUUGAGUUUUUAUUUGUUUUAUUUUGUUGUUUUUUUAUGGGAUGUUUUUAGCUUGAAUGUAUCUGAUGGGCAUUUGGCAACUGUAAGGAUGCGUCGUCGUGAUGUGAACGAAAAAAUAAUUAGGUGAACGAGAUGAUUGUACAUUUGGGAUAAACAUGUAAAGUGUAUUUGUUUUUCUUUCUUCGAAAUUCGAAACAAAUUGAGGAACGCAAACCCUGGCAUUAAUUAUUAAUUAACAUUAUAAUUAUCGAUAAAUUAAUGAGAAAUUGCUAAGAAAAUUGGACUCAUCGAAAUUUCACGGUGGUGAUGCGGUGUAAAUUUACGAUUCUAGCGAAUGAAAACUGUAAAACCGAAAGUAAUAAUUGUGUAAUUAGAUGACUUUGAUAAUAAUUAAAUUAAAAAUUAAUUAGUGUUAUAUAAACGGUAAUCUAAAGGAAAUUUCAAAGCAAACAAAAAAAUGAGACAUACAAACAUUGGCAUUAAUAAUUUUAAAUUGAAGAUAUGUGAAUUAAAUUAAUCAUGAGAAUUGUAAAUUAGGCGGCCACUAGACACGAAAUUGUAAAUACUAUUGACGAUUAUAUAGGCAACUAGCAUUAAAUUGAUAUUGAUGGUGCAAUCAUGAUCAUACUUGUAUAAAUUUUGAGUAAAUAAUGAAAUAAUAAAUCUAAAUGAUAUUUAAAUUAAGCACAAAUUGAGAAAAAAAACGCAAAACGAAUCUCAUGAUUCUAUCAAUCCAUCAUUUUGAAGCAACUAACUAAAUUGGUUAAAUAACCAAAUUACAAAUAUCUCAGCGGUAUAAUUAUAUAUUUGUUGGUUUUAUUGCAGUAUUUGUUUGAGAUUUACGUUCUAACAAAUAACGACAAAACGAUAUAUGAAACAGGGUAAACAAAACAAUAUCUAAUCGCAUCUACAAAUAACUAAAAUACAAACAUACAAAGAAAUCGACUUAACGACAGAAUUACAUACGACAGGUUACAGAUGAUAGUGGUAUAAACGUUUAAUAGAGCUGUAUUUCGAUAUUAUUUCUGAACCACAACGCCGCAGCAAGCGGAAGAUCGUCAAAACAACUGUAUAUUGUUCAUUGGUUAGUAAGGUUUAAUAAAAAUUAAGAAUAAUUCCAGGCAAGAAGCAAAAAUACUUGCGCAAGCAACUAUUCGAAAUUAUCUGUGUAAAAACUAAAGACAACGUGUAAAAUGAACAAAUAAAAAUUUGAAUAAAUGCAAAAUUGAACUAAAUCUAAGAAAUAAAUAAGUAGGGCUUAGUUUUUAAAGAAAAUGAAAAAUGAUGAUGUUGGAAGCUUCUUGGUCGAAAAAAAGAUGAAAAAUAAUAAAACAUUUCCAAAAUGA